AUGGGGUGCAAUGCGCGAGGCACGGCGUUGCCUCUUCUGCUCGCGCUUCUAGCGGCGUCGGUGAUUGUCGCGCCAGCAACCGCGAGGGUUCUUGCUCCGCGAAGUCCGCGGCGAAGUCUCGCUCUCAAGGCCCUCUCGCUCCUCAAGGUGACAUCAAUCAAACCGACGCUGCUGGCUGUUAAUGAUUUGGGCGGCGGCUCUGGCGGAGAUCUGGGCGGACCAGGCGGCGAUUUGAACGGCGGCAGCGGCGGCGAUUUGGGCGGCGGCUCUGGCGGAGACCUGGGCGGCGGCCCUGGCGGAGAUCUGGGCGGCGGCUCUGGCCCAGAUUUGGGCGGCGGCAGUGGUGGGGAUUUGGGCGGCGGCAGCGGCGGAGAUUUGGGCGGCGGCAGCGGCGGAGAUUUGGGCGGCGGCAGCGGCGGACCUGGCGGACAGCAGGGCGGACCCGGCGGGCAGCAGGGCGGACCCGGCGGGCAGCAGGGCGGACCCGGCGGGCAGCAGGGCGGUCCCGGCGGACAGCAGGGCGGUCCCGGCGGACAGCAGGGCGGACCUGGCGGGCAGCAGGGCGGACCUGGCGGGCAGCAGGGCGGCCCCGGCGGACAGCAGGGCGGCCCCGGCGGACAGCAGGGCGGGCCCGGCGGACAGCAAGGGGGUCCCGGCGGACAGCAAGGGGGUCCUGGCGGACAGCAGGGCGGUCCCGGCGGACAGCAGGGCGGCCCCGGCGGACAGCAGGGCGGUCCCGGCGGACAGCAAGGGGGUCCCGGCGGACAGCAGGGCGGUCCCGGCGGACAGCAGGGCGGUCCCGGCGGACAGCAGGGCGGGCCCGGCGGACAGCAAGGGGGUCCCGGCGGACAGCAAGGGGGUCCCGGCGGGCAGCAAGGCGGUCCCGGUGGACAGCAGGGCGGGCCCGGCGGACAGCAGGGCGGUCCUGGCGGACAGCAGGGCGGACCCGGCGGACAGCAGGGCGGACCUGGCGGACAGCAGGGCGGCAGCGGCGGAGAUUUUGUUGGCGGCAGCGGCGGAGAUUUGGGCGGCGGCAGCGGCGGAGAUUUGGGCGGCGGCAGCGGCGGAGAUUUGGGCGGCGGCAGCGGCGGACCUGGCGGGCAGCAGGGCGGACCUGGCGGACAGCAGGGAGGUCCCGGCGGACAGCAAGGCGGGCAGCAGGGCGGGCAGCAGGGCGGGCAGCAAGGCGGACCUGGCGGGCAGCAAGGCGGGCAGCAGGGAGGGCCUGGCGGGCAGCAGGGCGGGCCUGGCGGGCAGCAGGGCGGGCCUGGCGGGGAGCAGGGCGGACCUGGCGGGCAGCAGGGCGGACCUGGCGGGCAGCAGGGCGGACCUGGCGGGCAGCAGGGCGGACCUGGCGGGCAGCAGGGCGGACCUGGCGGGCAGCAGGGCGGACCUGGCGGGCAGCAGGGUGGACCCGGCGGGCAGCAGGGCGGACCUGGCGGGCAGCAGGGCGGACCUGGCGGGCAGCAGGGCGGGCAGCAGGGCGGACCUGGCGGGCAGCAGGGCGGGCAGCAGGGCGGACCUGGCGGGCAGCAGGGCGGGCAGCAGGGCGGGCAGCAGGGCGGACCUGGCGGGCAGCAGGGCGGACCUGGCGGGCAGCAGGGCGGGCAGCAGGGCGGACCUGGCGGGCAGCAGGGCGGGCAGCAGGGCGGACCUGGCGGGCAGCAGGGCGGGCAGCAGGGCGGACCUGGCGGGCAGCAGGGCGGGCAGCAGGGCGGACCUGGCGGGCAGCAGGGCGGGCAGCAGGGCGGACCUGGCGGGCAGCAGGGCGGGCAGCAGGGCGGACCUGGCGGGCAGCAGGGCGGGCAGCAGGGCGGACCUGGCGGGCAGCAGGGCGGGCAGCAGGGCGGACCUGGCGGGCAGCAGGGCGGGCAGCAGGGCGGACCUGGCGGGCAGCAGGGCGGGCAGCAGGGCGGACCUGGCGGGCAGCAGGGCGGGCAGCAGGGCGGACCUGGCGGGCAGCAGGGCGGGCAGCAGGGCGGACCUGGCGGGCAGCAGGGCGGGCAGCAGGGCGGACCUGGCGGGCAGCAGGGCGGGCAGCAGGGCGGGCAGCAGGGCGGACCUGGCGGGCAGCAGGGCGGGCAGCAGGGCGGACCUGGCGGGCAGCAGGGCGGGCAGCAGGGCGGACCUGGCGGGCAGCAGGGCGGGCAGCAGGGCGGACCUGGCGGGCAGCAGGGCGGGCAGCAGGGCGGACCUGGCGGGCAGCAGGGCGGGCAGCAGGGCGGACCUGGCGGGCAGCAGGGCGGGCAGCAGGGCGGACCUGGCGGGCAGCAGGGCGGGCAGCAGGGCGGACCUGGCGGGCAGCAGGGCGGGCAGCAGGGCGGACCUGGCGGGCAGCAGGGCGGGCAGCAGGGCGGACCUGGCGGGCAGCAGGGCGGGCAGCAGGGCGGACCUGGCGGGCAGCAGGGCGGGCAGCAGGGCGGGCCUGGUGGGCAGCAGGUCGGGCCUGGGGGACAGCGGGGGGAACCUGGCGCAGAUCAGGGGGGAUCUGGCGGGCAGCAAGGGGGUUCUGGCGCAGAUCAGGGGGGAUCUGGCGGGCAACAGGGGGGUUCUGGCGCAGAUCAGGGGGGAUCCGGCGGGGGAUCUGGCGGGAUUGCAACUGUUCAGAAUGUGGGAGACAGCACUUUCUCAAAGGUCGGUGUGAAGGCAGGAAAGGGGGCAAAGGGCGGCAAGGGUGGAAAGGGAGGGAAGGGGGGGAAGGGGGGCAAGGGCGGAAAGAAGUGA